CGACAUUCCUCAUGAGUUGGAGCUGGGUAAUUUGAUCAUUACUUCCAUAUAGUUAUGCGGAAACAAUUUAUGUUCCAAUAUUUCAUGUAAGCUCUUACUAAUAGACUGGAUGUCAAUAUUUCUAAGCAGUUAACACUAAGGAAACAAGAGUGUAUUUUUCUAAAACAUGCAUGAUAGACUGUGGAUGUCGAUAUCUCUAAACAGUUAACACAAAGGAAAAAAGAGUGUAUUGUUCUAAAACAUGCAUGAUAGACUUCUUAUGCAAUGCUUUCAUAUGUGUUUAUUUGUUCAUAGUAUGUUGUCUUGAUUAGAUAUGUAGUGUUGUACAGAGUAAUACACAAUGGGUGUUGUCCAGCAAAUUUGAGCUCAACAGUCUAGCUUGUUCACUGGUUGUUCUAAUAUGUUUUUAUGUUUUCUUGAGCCAAAGUUGUUUCAUAAACUUCUCUACCUUCUUAGGUAGGGGUAAUGUUUGCGCACACCUCAAUUGUGGGAAGUAAGCGUCUUUGGGGGGUUGAUGGUGUGUGUUUUCUGUAUGUUUCCAUAUAUUUAACCUUUGUUUUAUGCUUGCAGAAGUGCAUACAUGUCACAGUGAACUGCAGGAUCACAAAACUAAAGCAAAAUGCUUGGUGGAUGAACUUGGCAGCCUUCUGGAUGAUACUGUUGCUACAAUGCAAAGUGCAAAAUACAACCUGGCUUGUGCAAUGGACAGAGAUAUCGAUUGCGAUUUGGACUAUGAAACAACCUUAACUGAAAGGCCAUCGAUUGUAUCAAGCAAAACACUCAUAGAGGUUGCUAUGGUGAUGGCGGCAGUAUGCAGUAUGGUUAAAAAAGACUACGCGAUGCAGGAAAAGAUUAUUUCGUCUCUGAAUCUCAAAUCGUCAACGGGAGAGCUCGAAACGUACUGCUUAAUGUGGUCGCUGCGCCCUUUCAUAGAUGAUGAGAUCAUGCAGAGAGCUUGGAAACUUGUCCAUUGACCAAAGUUCUUGUCAAUCUUAUAUAUCCAUUAUUGGGUCACUUACAAAUAGAAAGUGUUAAAUUAGCAUUUUCCUAUCUACAAGCAUUAGACAUUUUUCAUUUUUAAACACUCCUUUUAAGUUCAUAAAACCAAAGUCUAAAGCUCAUUUUGAGAAAUGUUUAUUUAAGAGCUACACAUUUAUUUAUUACGGAGUACUAUUUGAAAAAAAAAUUAUAUCUUGAUUAAAAAGGUAUAGAUGAAAUAAAAAAAAGUGAUUGGA